AUACAACGCGCAUUCUCUCUCGCUGGCUAUGGUACAUCUUUUAAUGCUCUUUCAGAGUUGAGCCAACGCCGACGUCGACAAUAGUAGCGGCAGCAACAACGGCUACCCAGAGAAUGGCCAAGCAAUGAUGAUGGUGCUUUUCGCAAAGCGGCAGCAGCCAAGAGCUUUCAGUCCCGGAUUGGCUGUUGCUGGGUAAUGUCACCCACAGAAAACGCGAACGUGUCGACGCAAGAGAACCGUCUUGUUUUCCUUCCCUUCAAACGCGCUAUAGCCAGCCUAAUACAUUUGCGGUUGUGAUUUCCCAGUUUUCCAUUUUCCUAUAAAAUUUUCCUUCUUUGUUUUUUUUUUUGUGGUUUGCCCGAAAGAAAAAUCAAAAUUCUAUUAUUUAAUUGGCUGACCAAGAAGAGGAAUUGUAAAAAUAAAAGCAGUCCGAUGAGAAAAUUGAAAAAAAUGUGUGGUGGUGACAUUGAAGAGUGUUGUUGAAAAAAAAAACAAAAAUCAAAAAAGAAGAAAAAAUCAAAGAAAUAUUUCCGAAUAAUUCAAGAAUACAAAAAUAAGAUAGAUAAACAUAUAUACACACACGCACGCACAUAUACAAACAUACAUACAGACGUUUGUACAAAUUUUCUCAAUUUUUGUACAUAACGACCACGGAAUUUGGUCUAAGGAUCCAACCAUCCAUCCGGCCGAAGAAAAAUAAAGAAAAUUUCCCAAAAAAUAAAAAAAACGGAAAAUAAUAACAUCAAAGUGAAGUGAAUUCAAAUUUUGCCAAUCAAAGGCGCAGAAUGCGUUAAUGUGCUACGAAAGAAUUUAAUUAAAAAUAAAAACGAACAGAAAAGAAAGAAGAAUCAAAAAGUGAACGGAAAUAGAGGAUUGAACAAAUCCACAAUCACACUCUCGCACGUGUGUAUGUCAGCUAGUCCCGGUAUUUGGAUCACUGGAGAGAUUUGGACAAGCAAAUUGUUUAACCUUCAGCAUCCUGUCAAGUCCUUUCGCAAUGCAUCAGCAGCGGGAACAGCAUUCGGUUUGUUGUGGCUAGGUCUGAACGCUGUGGUUGUUGUUGUUCCUUUUUGUGUGCGAAUUCUUUGGCGACGAAAACGGGUUUCUUCAAAUACUCAAAAACACAUACACACACACUGGCAGACAAACACCCCAUGUCUAAAGGAACCAAAUAAAAAUAACAUCCAGCCUACAGCCAUCUGCCAUCUGGUGCUUCAAGAAAGCGACCAGGCAAAUCAACCAACCAAGCAAACAACCUACCAACCAACCCUGAGAGAAUUGGAUUAGCGAGGACCACGGACUACUGUCGGUGCUGGUGCUGCUCUACCGGCCAGCUCAACAGCCUCGUUGGCACCCAUGCUCUUCACUUGAUUGCGAAAGCAAUACAAACGUCGUCUAUGUGUACGUUGUGGCGAGCUUGUGCUUUCCCCCGGCUCUUACUGGGCCUCGCAUCUUUAACCCCCACUCUCCGGCGUGUACCUUGCUCUCUCGCACCAGCCCGGUUUCGACCCCAACUCCCAUGUGCCAAGUUACUGGCUGGGAGAUUCAUCUGCUCACCUGUGUCCUGAAGUAAUCGCAUCCGUGUUGCUGUCGUUGUUGCUUCUACUCCAGAGGCUGUAGCAAAUUCUAUAACCUAGACACCCCUUCUUUCCUCCACCCCCUUGUGUGAGUGUGCGUCUGUUAGAAGAUAACUAACCUCGGAUACCAAUUAUUAUCAAAUCUCGAACAUCUAUUAUAAUCACUUGUCGCAGUCGUCGUCCUUGCCAGCGUUGACGCGGCGUCGUCGCCAUCGCCUUCGUUGCUGCUGCCAUCCGAUUGUGUACAUUCCGCUGUAUGUCGGCCAAGUCUUACAUUUCAUGUUGUUCGGUGUUCGCUGGCAAGCAAGUGUUGUCGGAAGCACGUAAAUCAAAAAGAAGGAAUAGACGACGGCAAGAAGAAUUAACUUCCGGUUCAGAUGUUGCUAUUGCUGUUGUUGUAAGUGUUUGUGUGCGUGUUUUAUACUUUCGUUUUCUCUUGCUCUGUGAGCGUGUGUGUGUCUGCGGGUACGCGAAAUCCUAAGAAAAAUCGACAAAGGCUGACCAGGUCUAUGUGGUCAAGCCAGAGGUUCUGCAACUUCAAAGGAACAGUGAAAGAAUCCGGACGUUACCUAGUGAAAGUGCAAUAAUCACUUUACGUCGUGUAGCGUUGCGACAAAUUCCAACAAAGAGUGCGUCAAAGCUAGUGUGUCAGUGUCACAUCGGGACGUGUGUGUGAGUGUGUGCAAGCCACCAGUUGUCUCAGCGUUUGGCGUAAACGCGUGACUCGAAAGCCGAAGUGAGUCCAACACAUACAUACACAUACAAGUGUUUGUGCUUUGUGUAAAUGUAUUCGCAAGUGAGGUAUUUUAGUUCUCAACUCACCUCACCGACAAGAAAAGUGUUUGUAGUGGUGCAUGCGUGCGUAAACAUGCGGUUUCCGGUUGGAACAAAAAUUUAAUUCAAAAAAAAAAAAAAAAAUCGUCCUCGCUCCCUAUCCAACGCGAUAUAAAUUUAGUUUUGUUUUGUGUGGAAUUUCUAAACCCUCAAGCCGAUCCAUGCUAAUGAAAUAACGAUGUGAAGAAGAAGAGCAAUGCUAACAACAGAUAAAACUUCAUAAACAAAAACAAACAACUACAACAACAAAAUUACAUACACAGCUACAUACAAACGUAGGAGCUGCCAAAAGGGAAAUAAACGUCAACUAAAGAGCAAAGAGACACGUUUCAAACGGUAGCAUGUCAUGCAUUUUUAUUCAAUAACCGAAGUAACCAUUUGCUGUUCAGAAGAGAAAGAGGAAAAGAAAAGAUAUUCGCUACUGCUGCGAUACCCAGAGGAAUACAGAGCACACCCAUGUUCGACGUCUGUCGGAAUUAUAAAAUAGUUCGUAAUGAUGGUAAAAUUUUUGUGAGUGGUUGGCGAAAUAGAGAUAAACAAGCCAGGUAAACUGAACGGCAAUCAAGGACGUCGGAGGAAGAGUAAUAUUAACUUCUAACCAAAGAGGUGGAAGGAAACCGAAAAGAUACCUGCCAUUUGCCGUCAAGCGAUAACAAAUAAGCCUCAAUGCACGCGAACAUGACAUCUGACAAAAGCGGUGGCGGAUCCUGGCGUCUGCCACCCGAUGAAACGCUUCAGAUACAAGAUCCGAAGCAAAAAGAUCAAGACUUAGACCUGGACGAGGGUCACAAUUGGCGAUCGAUAAUAUUUUCGCUGUUAGUGAUAAGUUUUGUUAUAGCCGGCAUUAUAACAGCCAUAUAUUUAUUAGGUUAUGUAGAUGAAUUACUUUAUUGGUCGGGACGACGCAUGAUACUUGACGAGUAUCUGCAGGGAGACUUGACACCCACUCGCCUGCAGCCCUCUUGGGUCACCUCCAAGAAAUAUGUUUUCCAAUCGGACGAUGGCGGCCUCUCGGUAUUGGACACUGCCACCAACAAGGUCAGUACUUUGGCAACUAACCACACCCUCAGACAACUGAAUGUCCAGGGCUAUGAAUGCUCGAACGAUCUGCGAUAUGUACUAUUCAGACAUAAUGUUAAGAAGAUUUUCAAAAAAUCAUUUAAUGAAUUUUAUACCAUAUACGAUGUUGAUAACGAUCAUCACAUGCCUGUGAAAUUAAAAGACUCACCCAAAGUCCAGAGGACACGCCUACAAUACGCAACCUGGCUGGGGAACACCACCUCACUGAUAAUAGUUGCCGACAAUGACAUUUACAUAAGACAAUCACCGUCCGACGAGGAGGAUGUCCGCAUCACUUUCAAUGGCUAUCAGAAUCUCUUUUAUAACGGUGUUCCCGACUGGCUGUAUCAGGAGGAGAUAUUCAAUGAACCCCAGGCGAUUUGGCCAUCCCAGGACGGAACAUUUUUCAUGUAUGCCUCCUUCAACGACACCAAUGUCGGCAUGAUGACGUAUCCUUGGCUAGCCUCGGGUGCUGUCAUAACUGGCAGUGGUGUUUCUGCGGGAAGUUCAUUUCCUGAAACGAAAAAUGUGCGUUAUCCAACACCGGGCACCACAAAUCCCGAGGUCAAGCUGUGGAUAGUGAACAUAACGAAUAUAACGGAAAUCCAACAUAUUGAACUGAAGCCACCUCCCUCGCUGGACGAACACGAUUAUUACUUAACAUCAGCCGGCUGGGUAACAGACAGCAAUCGUCAGGUGUCGGUAGUUUACAUGAUGCGGUCUCAGAAUUAUAGCGUGAUAUCGACCUGCUUUGCCGAUUCAAACUGGGAGUGUUCAGAGAUUCACACAGAGCGAGCACCGGAGGACGAAUGGCUGGACAUACUGCCACACCCUGUCUUUUCUCCAGAUGGCAAUAGUUUCUUGAUAUUGGCCAGUGUUCAGGAGUCUGGGACUGAGCACUUUACUCACAUCAAACAUGUGACCAUAUCGCAGCAGAGGAUAUCCGUGAUAUCUCAUGGACGCUAUGAGGUAUUGAAAAUUCUUUGCUGGGAUACAGCCAACCAUCUAGUAUACUAUUUGGGAACAAAAGACAAGAAGCCCGGACAGCGACAUCUCUAUACCGUGAGAGAUCCCGUCAAUGAUGACAAUCGAAAAAUGGAACCCAAUUGCAUCACCUGCGAUUUAGGAGAAGCUCUUUGGAGCAGUCGGUACUACUAUUCGAACUGCUCACAUUUUGAUGCCUUCCUAGCACCAAAAUCAUCCCUCGCCACGGCGGAGGGUAUUGCAUAUUACAUCCUGGACUGCCAGGGUCCCGGUUUGCCCGUAUCGGGUGUACAUGCUUCCAAGACCCAUAGUCUGGUAAAGGUUCUCUACGACACCAGACUCUUCUAUACGGAACGUCUAAAAAAGUUGGCCUUGCCCACGCAAAGGUCAUUCGAAAUAUCCCUGCCCCAUGGAAGCAGGGCACAAGUCCAAUUACUGUUGCCGCCCAGUUGGCGUGAAGAGUUGAGAGAUGCCGCCUUUCCCGUAGUUGUGGAAGUGAACGGUAGACCUGGCUCAGAAUCAGUUUCCGAGAGGUUCAGAGUUGACUGGGGGACUUAUAUGUCAUCACGAAAUGAUGUCAUCUACAUACGUCUGGAUGUGCGAGGGGCGAAAGGUCAGAGUAAGAAAUCUUUGUACCGGCGCCUGGGCGGUGUGGAGGUACAAGAUCAAAUUUCAGUCAUACGUUACCUCCUGGACACGAUAAGUUUUUUAGACGAAACUCGUGUCGGAAUCUGGGGCUGGGGUUAUGGUGGCUAUGUCACCUCUAUGGUCUUAGGUACACAGCAGGACGUUUUCAAAUGUGGCAUAGCCAUAUCGCCAAUAGCAGAUUGGUUGUAUUACAAUUCGGCAUUUACAGAACGAAUACUGGGUCUUCCGGCGGAAAACUACAAAGGAUAUGUGGAGGCAGACGCCACCCAGAGGGCACGUCUCAUCAAAUCGCAUUCGUUUUUUCUGAUACACGGCCUAGCCGAUUCGACGGCUCCAUAUAUCCACGGUGUUCAGCUAGCCAAGUCAUUAACCGAUGCCAAUGUCUUAUACAGAUAUCAGACUUAUGCCGAUGAGGAUCACGAGCUGGAUGGUGUACUCGAACAUGUCUACUCGUCAAUGGAACAUUAUUUUUCGGAAUGUUUAAGCCUAGAUCCAGACGACACUAAACCAAAUCUGGAUCAAAUUGUUCCGGCCGAAUAAACAUAGCCACCUGAUAGAUGCGAAACAAAGACAAAAAUCAAAUGAAAAGCCUUGUCGACCCAUUUGCCCCUCUUAUGUUCAUACAACCUACAGCAUACAUCCGCUCCUCCUAGCCUAAGAUGUCAAAUAAAACGGAAAACUAAAAAACAAAUCCUAAUGAAUUGAACGAAUCUAAAAACAGAUGAUUUACAUUUAUAUAAUCAUAAAAAAAAUUAAUCAAUUGCUCAACAUUUUAUGAAAUCAAUCAAUUUAGUCCCCCUCUACCUGCCGUCAAUCUGUCACUCAAACAUACACACACGCGCGCAUUAGGUCUGAAUAAGUGUGGGGAAAAUAUUUUUGGACAUUUUAUAUGGAACCUUCUUUAUAUCUAAUUUCACAAUCAUUUUCAUCCAAUUUGCAAACGAGUAAAUAACCUCACUCCCGUAGGUGAACUUAACUCUCAAUACCAGACAAUUCGAAAAUAAACAAUAUUUCCACACAUGCCUUUUCCGAAAGUUAAAAUAACAUUUCCAUACAGAUCAUUUGUACAAAAUCACCACAAAUCUCCAGCUUAAUUGUUAUAUUGUUCUACCUACCUACAUACAAAAAAAUAAAAAAACACCGGACAUCAUUAUAAACAAUUGCCUAUUAUGCAUUAACAUAUUACAUAAUUAAAUACUACCUAGGAUCCCUAGUCGAUUAAGAAUUUAUAACAUUUAUCAUUCAAAUGUUUGAAAAUUUAUAAAUUUACAGGAAAACGGAUAUACAAAAUCGACACAACGUAAAUAGCGCUAUCUCUCUCUCUCUCUCUCUCUCUCUAUACCCAGAAAGGGUCCUGCAACUAUUUUCUAAAGAGAUUCCUCUUGGAAUUGAAAUGCUAAAAUUACUAAAUCGUCGAACUACAGACAUUCACAGACACAUGCAAACGAAAAAAAAGGAAACAUACAGAUUGAAUGUUGCAAUAUUUCAAUAUUCUUAAAAAAGAAAACAAAAAACAACAACAACAGAUACAACGCGAUUUUAAAAACGAUUUUUACUUGAUGCCAUAUACUAAGUAUUCUAUAACUAUUACGAUACAUCCAUAUACAUACAUACAUACAUACAUAUAAUUAAUUAAUUAAAUCAAGUUAUUCAUAUAUACUUAUACUACUAUUCUACGAUAUUCUACAUUUACAGUUAGUUCAAAUGAAAUCAAAAAACAAAAAAAAAACACAAACAAACAACAGCAAUUUAUCUAUUGUAAAGAGUGAAGAGAAGAGCAAACAAAAAAAAAAAAAAUAAAAAAAAACAAGCUAUAAUCAUUAUUGUAUCGUUGUUAGUCCAUUGACAUAUCAUUUGUGUAUGAAUGUGUGUUUCACUCUCGCAUUUGCAUCAUCAUCGUUACAUCCUAGUUAUUAUCAUCAUUAGAGUGUUGGUGUUUUAACAAGUUCAAACUGUGUUCUCAAAAUGCUAAUCUCACGAGAUUCAGUGUAAAACUGGGCCGUGAACAGAAACAUGUUUAUGCAAUCUCAUCCGUCCGUCUAUCCGGCUGUGGAAAUCACUCUAGCUUUAGAACGAAAUGAAGUAGGUUGAUAAAAUUUUACUCAAAUGUAUAUUAUGCCUGCAGGACUUUUGGCAUUGAAAAUGGGCCAUGUAGGUCCAAGUUUUGGUAUAGCCCCCUCCCUAUUUUCGGUAUUUUGGUGGUAUUUGAAGUUCGUAAAAGAUACUACAGCCUAUGACAGAAAUUUUUGUGUGCAGGUCCACAUCUUCGUAUAGACCCCAUAGACGGUACCUCCCCGAUGAUUUUUGCGACAUUAUUCACCGUAAUUGUAUCAAAUUUCGUAUUUAAAGUUCGUAAUGGGUAUUGCAGCCUAUGACAAAAAAUUUCGUAUGCAGGUCCACGUCUACGUAAAGUCCCCAUACAACGGUUUCCAUUCAAGUGGUAGUUUUCGGAUUUUUUUUUUGAAAUUUAUCAAGUUUCUUUCAAAUGGUGGAGGGUAUUAAAAGUUCCGACCGGCCCCCUGCUUUCUUACUUGUUUUAUUUCUAUUGUUUAGAUGCGGCAUUAAAACUAC